AUGAGAAUGCCGACCGAGACGAUGGACACAGAAAGUGAGACCCAAGACUUCAGGUCAAAGGAGAUUCCAGAUCGCCUGCCUUUUCCACCUGUGACUUACUCUCAUAUUCUCCAUUGCUCCUACCAUGACUGGCAUCCUCGGUAUCGCUCUCUCAUUCCCAAGUCCCGCCUGAUACCUCUGUCAAACGAAUUCGUGAACUAUCUCCGUGAAGACGGGAUUGUUCUACCGCCUGAAGCCCGACCACGCAAAGAAGAUGACGAGCUCGAUGAAUAUGACGAUGCGGAAGAGAGUGAGCAGGACCCGUCUGCGGAGUGGGUGGAUAUACACACUCGGGUCAAGAGCAUCAUAUCUGAAUUAGGGGGCAAGGUCACACCGAAGUUGAAUUGGAGCGCGCCAAAGGAUGCAACCUUCAUGUCUCCCACCAACGACACGCAAUGCUGCUCGCCAAACGACAUAUAUCUUCUUCUCAAGAGCAGUGAUUUCAUCACACAUGAUUUGGAGCACCCAUUCGAUGACUGUGAGCCAGACUUUGUAACUGCGGAUGGGGCGUUGGAUAAGAAGACCGCGGGAGAAGACGUCCCCCCCGAGGUGCCCUACCACUUGGUCCUUCGUCAGUACGUCAACUUCAAUCCCUCGCUUGAAUUCCGCUGUUUUGUGCGGAAUCGAAAGUUGCUCUGCAUGUGCCAAAGGGAUCAAAAUCAUUUUGAUUUCUUAUUUGGCAUGCGAGAUAUGCUCCGAUCGCGCAUUCAGUCAUUUUUCGAUGAGAAGCUUCGAGACACGUUCCCAGACCCCAAUUUCACUUUCGAUGUGUAUAUCCCUGCUCCUCACCAGCGUGUAUGGCUGAUCGACAUCAAUCCUUGGGCUCAGCGAACGGACCCGCUACUGUUCAGCUGGCUAGAAAUUCUGCGCAUGAAGGACCCCAUUGGCUUCGAGGAAGAGUUAGAGGAUUCACUUGGAGAGGGAGUUGUUCGCAUUUCUCUCCGAGACGGUAGCGUGCUAAGUCCCCACUCCGACGAUGAAAGUGAAAGUGAAAGUGACACAGCCUCGGAGGAGGGUGUCGAGGAAGCUGGCGUGAAUGGGGAUGACCAGUUCGCUCCAUUCCUCCCCGAGUUCCGGCUCAUUAAGAAAGAUGACCCGGAAUCUUACUCGUUCAACACACCUCAAUUCUCAGCACACAAGGUGCCGAAGGAGCUUGUGGAUGCCUCACUGGCCGGUCCCGGCGGUAUGAGUGAGUUCUUGGGAAAGUGGCAAGAUAUUCUGAAGCAGCAAGAACGUGAAGACCGAGAGGCAAGUGAUGAAUCCAGUUAG